CAGGACAGAAAGAGAAAGGGACAGAGCAACAGUGAUGCAUCUGCCUCACGCACCCGAUGAGGAAAAUUGCGUCAGUUGCGCACGCAGGGCAGGCUUCAAAUGCGCUCAGCGGAUGAUAUAGAGGCGCACUGUGGAGAGAGAGGGGGAGAAAAAAGUUGUUACCAAGGAGAGGCAGGACGACUCUCGGAGCCCCUGCAGUCUCACUUUUAUGCCUCUAAAACUCUCUCCCUGCUACUUGUCUGCCUUUUCGCGGCGCAGCGCAGCUUUUACGCGUCGGGAGGACGUUUUCUACGCUUUUAUUUCAAUAAGUGAAGUUGAAAGAUCCCCCUUCCGCCUCCAACACCAUGGAGCUGCUCUGCCUCGAAAUGGACACCAACAUACGAGCUCGUCCCGAUCCGAACCUCCUGCGCGACGACAGAGUUCUGCAGAGGUUGCUGACUAUCGAGGAGAGGUUUCUGCCCCAGUAUUCUUAUUUCAAAGGCGUCCAGAAAGACAUUCAGCCUUUUAUGAGGAGGAUGGUCGCUACUUGGAUGUUGGAGGUCUGCGAGGAGCAGAAGUGCGAGGAAGAAGUUUUUCCUCUGGCCAUGAACUACUUGGACAGAUUUUUAGCAGUGGUACCGAUCAAAAAGUGCAACCUGCAGCUGCUGGGAGCAGUCUGCAUGUUUCUUGCCUCCAAAUUGAAGGAGACUCGUCCAUUAACGGCAGAGAAGCUUUGCAUCUACACAGAUAACUCCAUUAGACCACAGGAGCUGCUGGAAUGGGAACUGGUGGUUUUGGGGAAGUUGAAGUGGAACUUGGCAGCAGUAACACCAAACGACUUCAUUGAGCACAUUGUGAGGAGGCUGCCGCUGCCCGAGGAUAAGCUGGCACUUAUACGGAAGCACGUCCAGACCUUCAUCGCGCUCUGUGCCACAG